CUGACCUACUUGACUAACCUAACCAGACAACACCAAGACCCUCCUGCCUGUGCCUUCCAGCAGGGGCACAGGUGGAGCAGGUGCGGAGACAACGGUGGGUUUUCACGUGGGCGCUGAAGUACUCAUGAUUCCACAGCAAGUAUUUUUACAUAUUGAUUUAUUCCUCGCCCAUUUUGUUUAGUAACCAUGUUCUCAGACAGUCUAGGGUUGACCUUGAACUCCCAAAACCUUGGAUUAGACUGGCACCACUAUACCUGACUUUCCUGUUGUUUUUAGAAGAUAGAACACAUAUACAAGCAUAUGUACCUAUGUAUGUAUGUAUGUAUGUAAUUUAAGGAUGUACAUAUGUGUUCCAAGCUGGCCUUCAUCUUACCUCAGUCUCUAAGUGCUGGGAUUACAAAUAUCCAUUUCGAUACACAAGUCAAUUAAAAUGCUCAGUUUUAAGUAUAGACACAUUAUUGCAAUUUCAGGGCAUAAAUUACAUAUAGACAAGUUUGGGUUUAAAAAUAUGCUCAGAUGCUGGCAUGAUGGCUCAGUGUUAAAGGUGCUUGCUGCUAAGCCUGACAACCUGAGUUUGAUUCCCAGGACCCACACAGCAGAGGAAGAAAAACAGCUCUCAAUAGUUGUCUUGUGACCUCCAUUUCUGGUACCAUGAGGGUAUACCCACCUUCAUUAAAUCAAUAUACAAAAUAACAGAAGCUUUCAAAUAAAAAACCAUAAGUGAUGAAUACAUGAGCAGCCGGUCUGUGGCCAUACGUAUGCUAGGGUCUCCAUGGUCAAGAUGCCUGCUGCAGCCACACUGCAAAGGGCCUGCUGAAAGUACCCCCCUGGACUGUGGCACAACCUCCCUCUGCAUCCACUUAGCCCCCGCACUUCCUCCAGCAGCUCACAGAGAUGGUGUUUCUACCCUCACCACUCACAUCACCAAGGUGACAAAAGGUGCUGGAGCGGGGGCCAGGGCUCAGACCUCAUCACCCAUCCUCCCCAGUCACCGUGGAUGGGCCUUUGCAUCCCUUUCUGCAGAUCAUGCUUCAAGCCUGCCUUGGAGCACACUGAUUACCCUAUUUCAUAGCAGCCCUCCCCAGCGCUGUUCAUGCCCUCACCCUGCCUUAAUUCUUCCCUUGUAGUCCAAUCAACUGCACAGUAAUUACCUGUACUGAUGUUUCUUCUUGUCCCUAAGAGACGUGGUGAUUGUGUGGUGGCUCUGUAAGACUCUGAGUGCUGAGCAUUUGUGGGAUGUUUCUUGUCUAUGUUGUCCCCUCUGCUAUGGAUGCUCUGUCCUGCUUUUCCCUUUAGGACCCUCCUUGGUGAGCUCCCUCCUUGGUGAGCCACCUCAGACCACCUCACCCUAGUUAGCCAGUCAUCUUUUCUACUGGCCUCACGCUGUCCCCUCUGAGAGUCCCAGGGCUGUGGCACUUGUGCCCAGGUGCCUGCCCAAACCUGAGCAGGCCCUCAGUAUCCAUCCACUGCACCCCUCCCAGUCUCAGGACUAUUUCAUUGUUCCUGCCCCGUUCUGCUGCCCUCUCACUUUCUACAGAUAUUCCCUGAGACCUAAGUAUCUCUCUGCACACUGUCCCACACUAUGUCCACUUGGCCCCUCCUAUUCAGGCUUCAAGAUCCAGCACAGGCAAACCUCUCACUGCCACUUCCCUGAUGGUCCUGGCUAUUGCUGCCCCCAUCACUGUCUAGAGGCUGUGGCUUUCAAGACCUGAACCUGGGUUCCCACCUCAGUCUAGUAGAGGACAAAUGGGUCAUGACUGAUGGAGAGCCCAGGCCCUGAGCUGCCGCCUCCAGGAGGCUCUUCCGUCUGCUCCUCCCUGUGAAGACUUCCAUGCUCUACCAACAACUCCAGCUCAGUGUUAUCUCCUCUAUGAAGCCUCCUUGAAACUCGAGGUGAUCAGUGUCUCUCUCUGGGCUUGCCCACCCCGGCAAUAACAUCACCUAGGCCUGAAGACUCAAGGCAGGUCUUUAGUGAGCCCAGCUCCAAUUUUCAGCCCUGUUAAGUCUGAGUGGAUGUGAUUCUAUUCACUAACAGGCUCCAACCUUGUGCCAGGGUCCCACCUUCUCUCCCCUCUGAUCUCACUCUCCAGAGUCCUCAGUGCUCACUAUGACCUCAUGGGUUGCUUGUGAUGAGCCAUCUGGUUGUCGUCCUUGGUUACCAAAUCUUGCACGCUUUACCAUGACUUCUAGGAGCUCAAGCCCCUUUGCACCCGCCAUGCAUUCUCCAUCAAAGAGAUCCUCCAAGCCCGGCAUGGCUCCGGCACCGGCACCCACUGGGCCCUCCAUGCCCACCACAGCUCCCACACCUCCAACUUCCUUGAAGACCACCAAAGUAGCGGCGCCCUCAGUGCAUCCUAAGUCCCCUAACUUGGUCAUGAGCCCCAGUAGUUCUAAGUCUACCAGAUCAACAGGCACUAAGACAGCUCCUUCAACCCGUCCCAGCAGUAGAUCCCAAGGCCACAGCAAGACGAGGACACCCAGUCGGCUGAGCACUGACACCAAGCCCAGGAAGGCCAGCAAGAGCAGGAAGAGCGGCAAGACUGGCAUCGUGGAACAACAUCGGCAGAAAGGCACACAUAGCCGGGGGCGAACUCCGGGCAGGAGGGGAAGUCACAGCUCCAAGACGUCCCCCAGCAGAGCAAGCACUCCUAUCAGUAAGAGAACCCAUUCCGCCAAACCAGGUGUGGCCAAGAAGGCUACGACACCGACUUCCCACCGCAAACAAAGCCAAGGCAAGAGUUAUACCCAACCUAGAACCAGUACUCAGGAAAGGAGUGCCAGCCAGCCUAGAAACAUGCACCAGGAAAAGAGCCCCAAGCUGCCAGGUGCCUCAGACCCGGGGAGCAGCUCUAGAGUACCUGCGAUCCCCAGUAGGGCCAAGAGCCACAGUUUAAGUAGGAUGGUCUUAAUGAGCUCUAGCAAGUCUCCUGUGACAUCCAGGAGGGCCAGGAGCUAUAGCCAGGUGACGUCCCCCAACAGGGAACAGACUCACACCAUGAUUGACCUGACUGACUUGUCAGGCAUGGUCAAGAGUUACAAGCAGGACAGCAGCCCCAGCAGGACCCAAAGUUUUAGCCGCUCCAGGACCCCCAGCAGGACCCGAAGUCACAGCCGCUCCAGGACCCCGAGAAGGUCAAGAAGUCACAGUCACAAGAGGACCCAGAACCGGGUGAGAAGUUACAGCUGGAAGAGAAACCGUAGUAGGGCAAGAAGUCGUACGCGGAGGGGCACGCCCACCCAGAUGAGACACAGCAAGUCCAGAACCCACAGCCAGGGGAAACGUCACAGCCCAUGGAGAGCUCUAGGAAGGGAAAGAAGUCGAGUGAGAUCUAGGACUUCCAGUCAGGAAGAAAGUCGCAGCCGGUCCAGAGGGACCCGAGAGAGACAUCACAGCCGAUCCAGAACUGCCAGGAAGAAGGGGCACAGGCUGUCUAGGAUGCCUAGCAGUGAAAGCAGGUAUAGCCAGUCUAGAACCCCCAGCACAGACACAGCCCGCAGCCGGCCUAGAGCCUCCAUCAAGAAGAGAGCACAGAGCCGAUACACCAUUUCCAGCAAGGAAAGGCACCAUGGCCAAUUGAGAGUCACCAGCAAGGAGAGCUCCCGAAGCCACUCUAAAACCCACCGAGAACACGGCCACACUGGAACCCGCAGUAGGAGCCGAGAACAUGGCCACACUAGAACCCACAGCAGGGACCGAGAACACAGCCAAUCUAGAACCUCCAUCAAGGACCAAGAAUACAACCAAGCUACAACCCCUGAGAGCCUCCCAGGGAAGCCAUCUCCCACCAGGACCAGGAGUUCUAGCCAGAACAGAGCCCACAACAAGGAAAGGGGUCACUCCUCCUUGCAGCCUCCCAAGGAAUCCAGCUUCAUCAACACCACAACUUCUAAGGCUAUCUCACCUGGGGAAAGGUCUUCAUCAUCUUCCUCCAAGCUGGCGUAGCCUCCAGUCUCAGCGGGCUCACGGGUCUCUGUCAUGGCCAGGGGAAGGGACAAGAGACGGGAGCAGAGCAGCUACUGGACAGGGUCCCUCCCCGGCCAGCUCUUCCAGUCACACCUCCAGCCACAAGCUCUUCUAUCGCAGAGUGUUGGCAGGUAGCGAGAGAUGCUGGACAUGGGGAAAAGAAAAGCCUGUGGUGACUCAAUAAAUUUUUACAUAACACUU